CCACGCGGGCGCCGAGGUGUCCCGGGUCGUCGUGGACCCCACGACGGGGCGGCGCUAUUGCCGCGGCCGGGUGCUGGGCAAGGGCGGCUUCGCCAAAUGUUACGAGAUGACGGAUUUGACCAACAACAAAGUCUACGCGGCCAAGAUCAUCCCGCACAGCCGGGUGGCCAAGCCCCACCAGCGGGAGAAGAUCGACAAGGAGAUCGAGCUGCACCGGCUCCUGCACCACAAGCACGUCGUCCAGUUCCACCACCACUUCGAGGACCAGGAGAACAUCUGCAUCCUGCUCGAGUACUGCAGCCGGCGGUCCAUGGCUCACAUCCUGAAAGCGAGGAAGGUGCUGACGGAGCCCGAAGUCCGAUACUACCUCUGGCAGAUGGUGUCGGGGCUGAAGUACCUUCACGAGCAGGAAAUCCUGCACCAGGACCUCAAACUCGGGAACUUUUUUAUUAACGAGGCCAUGGAGCUGAAAGUCGGGGACUUCGGUUUGGCAGCCAGGCUGGAGCCCUUGGAGCACCAAAGGAGAACAAUAUGUGGUACCCCAAACUAUCUCUCCCCCGAAGUCCUCAACAAGCAAGGGCACGGCUGUGAGUCGGACAUCUGGGCGUUGGGCUGUGUAAUGUACACGAUGCUGCUCGGAAGGUCCCCGUUUGAAACCACGAACCUGAAGGAAACGUACAGGUGCAUCCGAGAAGCCAGGUACACCAUGCCGUCCUCCUCGCUGGCCCCUGCUAAGCACUUGAUAGCGAGCAUGUUGUCCAAAAACCCCGAGGACCGGCCCCGUUUGGAUGACAUCGUUCGCCAUGAGUUCUUUGUGCAGGGCUUCACUCCCGACAGGCUCUCCUCCAGCUGCUGCCACACGGCCCCCGAUUUCCACCUGUCCAGCCCCGCAAAGAAUUUCUUUAGGAAAGCCGCUGCUGCUCUUUUUGGUGGCAAAAAAGACAAAGCAAGAUACAUUGACACACACAAUAGAGCAUCUAAAGAAGAUGAAGACAUUUACAAGCUCAGGAACGAUUUGAAAAAGACUUCAAUAACGCAGCAACCCAGCAAACACAGGACAGACGAGGAGCUCCAGCCGCCUCCCGCCACAGUGGCCGGGUUGGGAAUGGCUGUGGUGAAAAACAGGCAGCAGGUGGGGGACGUGAUUCGGAUGAUUGUCUGAGGGACCCUUGGCAGCUGCAGCAGCAGCAGUGAGUGCCUGGAGGACAGCACCAUGGAGAGUGUGGCGGGCACGGUGGCCAGAGUCCUCCACGGGUGCCUGGAGAACAUGCCGGAAGCCGACUGCAUUCCCAGGGAGCAGCUGAGCACCUCCUUCCAGUGGGUCACCAAGUGGGUCGAUUACUCCAACAAGUACGGCUUCGGGUACCAGCUCUCCGACCACACGGUGGGCGUCCUCUUCAACAACGGGGCCCACAUGAGCAUCCUUCCAGACAAGAGGACCGUCCACUACUACGCGGAGCUCGUCCAGUGCUCUGUCUUCACAGCGACAGCCGCCCCUGAGCAGUUCAUCAGCCAAGUGACGGUGCUGAAGUACUUCUCCCACUACAUGGAGGAGAACCUGAUGGAUGGUGGAGACCUGCCCAGCGUCACUGACACCCGGCGGCCUCGGCUCUACCUCCUUCAGUGGCUCAAGUCCGACAAGGCCUUAAUGAUGCUCUUCAACGACGGCACCUUCCAGGUGAAUUUCUACCACGACCACACGAAGGUCAUCAUCUGCAGCCAGGACGAGGAGUACCUGCUCACCUACAUCAACGAGGACCGGCUCUCCACCACCUUCCGGCUGACCACGCUGCUGGUGUCGGGCUGCGCGCCGGAGCUGAAGCAGCGGAUGGAGUACGCGCUGAACAUGCUCCUGCAGAGAUGCAACUAGCGACUGGGCCGAGGCCGCAGCUCCUCCCACGGAGCCAUGCGGCCAGGGGAAGGUUCCGCACGUUGCGAGGCGGACAGCGGUG